UCUAUAGAGACACUCAACAGAGCAGAGACUGGACUACAACUCCCAGAAUGCUCUCCACCCCAGGUGUGUCCAACAGGUGAGAUCUCAGACACACCCACACCUGGAGGAGACCGCCCCCCGCUGGUACAGGAAGUGAGAUGUGAGAGAGAUCACAGAGUAGAGAGACAAGAAUCUGAACUACAACUCCCAGAGUGCUCUGCUUCCCAGGUGUACCUGACAGGUGAGAACUCAGACACACCCACACCUGGAAGAGACCGCCCCCCGCUGGUACAGGAAGUGAGAUGUGAGAGAGAUCACAGAGUAGAGAGACAAGAACCUGAACUACAACUCCCAGAGUGCUCUGCUUCCCAGGUGUACCUGACAGGUGAGAGCUCAGACACACCCACACCUGGAGGAGACCGCCCCCCGCUGGUACAGGAAGAGAGAUACCAGAGAGAUCACAGAGUAGAGAGACAAGAACCUGAACUACAACUCCCAGAGUGCUCUGGUUCCCAGGUGUACCUGACAGGUGAGAGCUCAGACACACCCACACCUGGAAGAGACCGCCCCCCCGCUGGUACAGGAAGAGAGAUGUGAGAGAGAUCACAGAGUAGAGAGACAAGAACCUGAACUACAACUCCCAGAGUGCUCUGCUUCCCAGGUGUACCUGACAGGUGAGAGCUCAGACACACCCACACCUGGAGGAGACCGCCCCCUGCUGGUACAGGAAGUGAGAUGUGAGAGAGAUCACAGAGUAGAGAGACAAGAACCUGAACUACAACUCCCAGAGUGCUCUGCUUCCCAGGUGUACCUGACAGGUGAGAGCUCAGACACACCCACACCUGGAGGAGACCGCCCCCCGCUGGUACAGGAAGUGAGAUAUCAGAGCGAUCGCUGAUCAGAGGAGACUGCAACUCAUCCAUAGCACAAGAGACAGCCGAGAGACUUCACAGAGCAAGGGGCCCCAUGAAGCUGGACAGCAGCUCCCGGCUGGCCUGUUCCUCGGCACAGAAGGAAGGCUACUUGCUGAAGAAGGGGAGCCGCCAUGCCUCCUACCACCGCCGCUGGUUCCUGCUCUGCGGCAAUCUGCUCUUGUAUUGGGAUCGCCAGGGGGACCCGCAGCCUCUCGGCCUCAUCCUCUUAGAGGGAAGCUCCGUCACCUUGAGGAACUCUAAACUGGAAUUCGCCUUCUCUAUCUGCUCGGUGUCUCGCGUCUACAAAAUGGCAGCCGAGAGCCGGAGGGACCUAGAGCUGUGGGUGCGGGCGUUACUCAGUGCCAACCUGGGCUACACCAAGGCGCUCCUCGGGGAGCUGCGCAGCCAGUAUCUGAGUCUCACACAAAGCCAAACUGAACAGAAAUCCAUACAGACUGGAGGCUCCGCCUCUGAGGAGGCAACAUGGGAGGCGGAGUUUGGGCUUCUGCAUCACUGGUUGGGAGAGGAAAUCCAAUCACUGAGGGACACGAAGCUCAUUGACCUUUUAUGAUCUGAAUGUUGUGUGCCAAAGAGAAAUAAAGAUAUUAUGUGACCCCAA